GUUAUUAUUAUCGUUACAGGCAUCAAACGGGUGUCUUCCGAAAAUCCGUAUAUAUAUAUAGUCGUCACAAAGUGGCCCGAGAUUAAUUACUAAUCCCGGACUCAUUUCCUUAUUUCGAAAAUAAUGCUCACGUCGAUUGCAUCGAGAACCUCAGCUGGGUAUCGCGGGACCUCCACAGCAGCAGCAGGGAUGCCCAUAAUUACGAAAUCGAGGCGGAAAUUCUCUGGAACGAGUUCCAACUGGAUUGUGAUAUGGCUGACAGCAUUAGUAACUUGUUCGUUGUCCGGAUCAGUGGCCGGUCGAUGCACCAGCGACAGUCUCGUUUUGUACAGAGCCGAACUGACCACCAAGUGGUCCCGAGACGCCUUUCCCAAGCAUUAUCCCGAAUGGCGACCACCGGCACAAUGGACUAAAUUCAUUGGAAGGUCCCACGAUGACACAUUCUCGCUUUUCCGAAUCGGAGAAACUGCUUCGGAAGGUAUGCAGUCGUUUGCAGAAUCUGGUCGAUCCGAAUUGCUUGACGAACAUGCGCAGGGCAAGGAUGGCAUUUUAGAUUCGUUCGCCGGUCCCGCAAUCAGCCAAGGCGCCGGGAAGUCUAACGCCGAGUUCUUCGCUGAUGCGAAUCAUACUCUGGUGUCCUUCGCUAGCAGAAUUGUACCGUCUCCGGACUGGAUCAUCGGCAUGGACAGCUUGAAUUUGUGCGCCGACGGUCGAUGGGCUGACGUCAUGUCGGUCGAGUCAAUAUUGCAAGGCAAGUCGGAAUUGAGUGGUUUCAGCCAAUCUCUAAUCAUGGUUUCUUGGGACUCUGCUGGACCAUAA